UCGUGCGUGGAAGGAUUGUCUCGGUGCGAGAUUGCGAGAUAACCUUUAUAGGUUGAAAUUCUUGCGGAAGAAGCCGGACUGGAUUAGUUUAGACAUCUGGGCGCAGCUGGAGGUAAUAUGGGAUUCAGAGGAAUCUCAAGAGAAGAGUCGGAUCGCAUCGACGAAUCGAAAGGCGAAGUCUGCUUCCGACCGUGCCCCAGGAACUCACACUGCGGGGAGAAGAUCGUUUGCUAAAGUUGCUCUCAAUAUUGCCGAGAAAGAAGGCGUUCAACCGUCUGCUCUGCGUGUCUUACAAGACACGCAUCGUCGAUCGGAUGGGACGUACGUAGAUCAUCGUGCCCAAGAAAUUGAAGAGGCCAUUCAAUCGAAGAUUACCGAUCGAAUGACGAUGGACGAGAGCAGCGGUUCAACGCAAUUGACUCCGCAGGAAAUCAACAGCUUGUAUCUCGAGGUCGUUCCUCCCGAUGCGAAAGGUCGGAUUUACGGGAUUGGUGCGUUGGCGAGUCAGCUCGGGGGUGGUGACGCAUCUUCGUCGUCUGUGGUACGUCAUGUAUCUCUGACGCGUGAAGUCGAGGAGCUGAAGAGAAAACACGAGGAGACUUCUGCGGAACUUGUAGCUGCUCGGGAGAAGAUUGCUCAGUUUGAUGCAGCUCAGGCGAAGAUCGCUCGGUUAGAGGAGAUGAUGCAACGUUUUAUGCCUCCGACCGAUUCCGCCGGUUCGUCUGCUCCGAGUCCCGCCGUCAAUCCCGAUCCAUCGGUUCAUCAAGACGAGCAACAUCCCCAAAAUCUCGAUGAUUUUCCGGACAAUUUAUUUCGUUAG